CCUGAUUUAGAUUUACUAUGUUACGUCUAGUGUAUGAGACCAGGCUGAAUCGAAGCAGCAAGAUCGGUGGCAGAAUGCUGCAGUUUAACUGGAUUUAACAACGGUGUGGGGCUCUGUCCUCGAAUGAAGAGGAAGCUAAUAUCGAUUUAUUUUAAUCUUCUUGGUUUGGACAGGUGUAGCGUAAUAUCAUGCAAAUGAAAGCCAACAUUUUUAUGUGGGCUGUUUACACAGCGGCACCUCGUUUACAUGCUGAUUGAUUUUAGUUCAAGAUGUCUUUAUCUGCAUCUACAAAUAUCCCACCUGCACUGACAGCGGAUCAGCUAACGGUCAUCGUGGCCUCCGUGUCCUGCCUGGUGUUCUUCGUAGUGAUUCUCGUGCUCCUGGUGGUCUUGUACAGGAAAGACCCUUUCUGCUGCAGGGUGUCGAACAACCAGCACUGUACAGAUGCUCCACCCCAGUACAACAGAAGACAGUCUCUAGUGGUGUCUCCCUACGAUGAACGUACUGCUGCCAUGGCCCACGGAAACAUUGGUUCCCAGGUGAAAAAAAGCCUCCGUCUUUACAUAGUAGGGGAGAGUGGGCUUCCAGGGAGGCUGUUUAUCAUCGGUAAGCCCAGUAGCUAUCACCUGGAUGGGAUCCUGCCCCGCCUUCCGUCCUACGAGAGCGUCCGUAAGAAGGACCGUCAGAGACAGAUCCACUCUAUGAUAGCCAACCGCUUUGGUAUCAGCCCCACACAGUCUGAAACGGAGCCUCCUCCGACGUAUGAGGAGACUCUUCGCCAGUCCAUGAUCAUCUCCUCUGAAGACCUACAGUCUGUUGAGGCACGUCCCUCAGACCUCCCUCUCUCCACCUCUACCUCCAGCCUUGAACACACAGUGACAGUAGCCCGGUCACCCUACCACCCUAUUCAGAGCCCGACCCAGGAACCCCUCUCUGUCUAGUCCAGGAGUUAUUUGAGGGCCGGAACACUACUGGUUUUCAACUUCGCAUUUUAACUACAGACUCAUGUUUCUACCCUUUGCAAGAGAAAAGAAGACAAAUCAACAAAGAAAGAGACAUUGUCAUGAUAAUGCAUGAGUCAGUUUCACUCAGAGUUUGUCCUACUGAGACUAACGCUCUCAACUCUGACUGUCUGUUGGUGUAGCGAGUGGUUUUAACAUGACUGUAUGCUGUAAAUGGCUUGAUAUCCUGCCACUGGCAAUGAUAUCCUUUAUCAGCUAAAUAAUCAAAUCAGCCUACAUUUCAAACUCUAGACAUGCUCGGGUGUGUGGAAAGAAGAUGUCCGCACCUCACAAGCAGACAUAUUAUGCUUCAAUCACAACGUCCAAUGUUGUAGACAACCACAAAACAAGGACACUGUCUCGAGUUGAACGUGUUAAUGAAAAAUCGAAAUCUCCUUGUUUCAAAAGAACACCGAGCUAUGAAUACCCAGCUACCUGACAUGUGAUGAUGACGGCUUUGAGUGUAGGGCCAGACCAGAGAGCUGUUGUGGUUGAACACAUCACUAAUUAUUAACACUACUGAGACAGACAAUGCCUAUGUCCCAAAUGGCACCCUUAAUCCCCAUGUAGUGCACUACAUAGGAAAUAGGGUCCCAUUUGAGACACAAUCAAAGUGUGUUCACUCAGGAACAGUUGACCAGGGACUGUUUGUCUUAACCCAGGUCAAACUAACUAUGCACAGAGAAACUCACAAUGACCCUGACGUUUUCUGACCGUGACGUUCCGGAUUGUUUUUGAAACUGCACUGUCGGUUAGGGGCUCGUAAGUAAGCAUUUCACUGUAAGGUGUGACCUGUUGUACUCGGCGCAUGUGACUAAUACAAUUUGAUUUGAUUUACCUCCUGGGCUAAACUGGAAUGGGUUUGUCAAUGUGUUUAGACUGAGAUACGUUAUGUAUACUAUGUAAAACAUUCCUAUUAUGUGUGACCCAAAUCAAACAAAAAAACAUGUGAAAGUAAUAGUUAAAUAGCUGAACCAAAAAGGGUAAAAUAGGUGAACUAAAGUAGAUAUAAAUUACCUAUCCGCUUUUUAAAAAAGUUUACUCUAACCACGUUUCCAUCCACAUUUUUAAUGCUAGUAAAGUCAGCUGUGAAGGAAACAAGAAGUUUCAGUACUAUUUUAUAAAUGCUGACAGAUCAUUUGUUCGUUCGACAUGGUGGGAUCUUUUUGUGUCUGUAAAAUGUGUUAUGUGAGAAAUGGCGGUGGAAACUCGUUUAUGCACAAAUAUUGAUAUAACAACCAUCGUAUGGAAGUAAACUUGGAGUCACGCGAUGACAUGGUGUGUGUGGUCCUCCCACUACGACUGGGGAAUCCAUGCAGUUUAUUAGAAUACAGAUGAAAUAAAUGAUGAACUUCACAGGGGGGUGAAAGUGCACAGUGAUGAGCUUGAUGCUCCUUUCCAAUAAAUAUUGAGGGUCUGAUUCUGGUGAUCGAUGCUUGACUGCCAUUUGACAAAAACAAAUAUUGUUGCUCCUAUCCAUAAUAAUCUCAUCAUGUAGACUAGCCUACCCGCACUGUAUCUACAAGCUGUUGGCUAGAGCGAACGUGCCAAGACCAAUGAGCCUGUCCUCCUACAGCUCCCCCCACCAGCCUCCAUUGCAGAGUAGGUACAUUUACUAUUUAACGUAACAGUUCUUUGUGACAAAACUAUCAGUAGAAGUGAAAAUGUGAUGGCAACAUAUUGAACUUUAGACUUUUAUUAAGUACAUGAAAACUUAAGCAAAAAAGAAAAUUGUGUGCGUCAUCGCUCACUGAUUUUUAUUUGCAAGAAGUCAGUUUGAAUUACACCACUAGUGGGAAAAUCUCCAUAUUUUCUUUAUGCAGAUUUAUUGAAUAUUCACAUGAAAAUCAGUCUCUAAUUAAAUGGAAAACUAGCUAGUGAGACAAAUUAGUUUAGAUUUGUUGUAUUAACUUGACCUAUAUUCAUCUGACAGGAUUGCUAUCAAACUUACUGUCAAGGUGUCAAAAGGGAACACUCCUGCUGUUCUGUUCAUUGACGUUUGUUAAAGUGAGUUAAUUUGUCCGUUUUUCUCUACCAGGCACAAAUAUGUCCAUAUCCUAGAAUAGAUGGUGAGUAAUGUCAGCGAAGGGAGUAGCGACCUCAUUUUAACCUCUCCCUCUUUGCAGAGUUUCUCUCCCCAAACGCAAUCUUCCCCUAAGCACUUACAAAUCUUAUAACACAACACGCUCUAAACUACAGCGCUCAUCAGUUAUUAGAGGGCCUCCAUGAGAAGUGUUUUGACAAGCUGUCAUCUUGUGGUGAAUGUACCAGGGCAUUCGUAAUGUAUUCCACACUCCCCUGCAUUCCACUGGGAGGAGUUGACAUACCAUCUGUAACUCAUACUCUCAAAAUAAAUGGCACCUAACUCACUCUA